UCCCGCCAGACCCACGCAGGCCUUGUUCGCUUGUGUCAACCCUGGAGUCAUCAACGCAAUAAAAGAAAAAUGGGACUCCGGUCACUACCCCCAUUUUUUCGAAAUGAUCGGCUUCAGUGACCUCGCCGUCCUCGUAGGUGCUUGGGAACGUAGUAAGGACGAUUUCGAUGGUGAAUUAGGAGCUCUGUGCGAAAAACUUGAACUGAAGAAACAGGAGUAUACGAAGGAAUGCGCGGAACUCAGGGGUAAAACCGCAAAGAUCGAACAGAUCUUCCUCAAAAUCUGGGGGUUGGACGACUCCCACCUGGAGGAUCGCAUUCCCGACGCCGCAGUGGAUCGCCCCCCGUCCGCUCAGGGCACCCCGUCGGCACACUGUGAUGACCUCGCGAUUGAGGAGGAAGAAAGAAUGGAGAUGGAACAUGUGAUAGCCGCCAUAAAAGCCUCCACCCGCGACUCCCCACCUGCAUCUAGUAAGGCGGGAGGUGAUGCCAUCGAACGUGACCAGUACACUGCUUUUGCACCUUUCGCUUCAGCAUACUGGGUCGAGCACACAUCUACGGGUUUUAAGCACGCCAUUUGGAAGAUGGAUACUUUUAAUCAUCUCGCACCCAUCUCCAUUCGUGCACUUCAGUUCCUCGGGAACGUCACGAAUGAGCAAGUUAGGCACUCUAGGGCACAGAUUCUGAAGGGCAAGUUGAAGUACUGCGGGCGAGUUACUCCCUUGGAUCCCCAGGACCUGAAACUUCCCCGCAUGCACGAACUGGAUCCUGACAAGUGCGGCGAGACAAACUCUGGCAUGUGGCAGAAGGGCAUCAGGCAGGAAGGUAAGCCCGACCUAAGGACCCUGAGAAAGUGGAUGGACAGUUAUGACCGUGAGCAAUGCCCGUGCAGAACUCGUAGGUAUUCGGACAUGCGCAGCAGCCGGUCGAUUGAACUGCUCCGCAAUGAGGGGUGCACGCACGUUAUCACCCUGGAUUCCUCGAUCACGGAUAAUCCCCUAUUGCAGGAAAUUAUUAACACGGGUCUCAACCAUAUCCCGCUGAUGGCUCUGGACGUGGAGGAGGCUGUCGCGGAAUUGGACCGUUUUCUGGACGAACUCUUCGCAAGCGUGAUGGAGCUAAGGACGCUCACGGAGUCCACUAAAUCGUUUUUGAGGAGGAUUAUCAUGAAGAAGGGAAAAGCAAAGAUGAGCAGGUACAAGGAGGCACACAGGCAUGCGACAGCUGAACCAUUCGAGCACCCUGCAGUGAAGAGGGAGUUGGACUUUAUCACGGGCAGAUUCCUCAUCUGUCCAACAAACAAAGCACCCAACACACCGGCAUUUGUGUGCAAGAACUUCAUCCGAAAGCUUGCUUUCCAGAGGUUAUCAGGCCCUGAAUUCGCCUGCACCGACAUGCCCCCAGCGGCGGUCAUCUCGCGCAUACAAUUGGAACUCUCUGCUACGGCGGCGCUUCCGGUCGCACCUGCCGCGCUCUCAUACCUCAUGACUGUGCUGAAGGCACACAAGGGCGCCUUCAGGUGGAUCACGAACACAGCGAAUUCCAUCAUCUCUCCUGCACCGGAAGUCUGCGCCUGCCUUCUGAGGUUCCUGCUUCCGCUGGUACAAACCUUCUUCCAAGAAAGGAGCGCGGAGAUAAAGGAGCAAUAUGGUGUCAGUCCUAAUCUAUGGUGGGCCAUCGCUUCGGUAGGGGAAUGCUGCGCCAAUCUACCGAAGAGAAUCUACUCAGUGUUCACCGCCGACAUUACUAGAUGCUUUGAGACGAUCCCAACGGACGACUCAGAGGACAGCCUGCCGGCCGCAAUCAGGUUCUAUGUGCAAUGCGCUAUGCAGGUGAAAGGCAUCCCCAUGGGUCUUGCGUGUUCCCCGAUCUGGUGCGACAUAUACUUCUUCAAAUACAAAUUUCAUGCCAUGAUGAGGCUGGUGGACACAGGGAAUGCACAUCUCAUCCCAUGCUUCGACAGUACCUUCAGAUACAUAGAUGAUUUGGGGGCCAUCAACAACGCCAUCAUCGGGAACUUUCGGCGCAAGACGGAGGACAGGGAUGCGAACGAUCCAUGCUGGAUCUAUCCGGACCGGUUUAUCGAGAUAAAGGAGAAUACCGUGGUGCUCGAGGAGGGGAUUGGCUACGUGGCCAACUUCCUUAGCAUGUCCAUCACAAUCACCUCGCCGAUCGAAGGUACCUACAUCACCUCCAAGUUUGAUAAGUGCGCUGGCUUGGGCUUCUCUCCGUGCAGAUUCGUGAAGUUCAAAUCUAACAGGAGUGUCAAGCAAUCGCUGCAGGUCAUCACGGCGCAGGUCGCACAGAUUCUCAUGAUUUGUUCCGAUCCGGAUGACACCGCGGGAGAGAUCGCGAAGAUAGUGGAGGCCAUGGUGGAAAAUGGCUUUUCUGCAGCGGCGUGCUGGAGAGUGGUCAAGAAGGCCCUGCGCAAUGCGCAUCUCUACCAGCCUGGCAGUCUGUCCGUGCAUGUACUGAGGGAGACUCUAGCCAAUGUAUAUGGGAUUAUGGACUAACUGCUGUGGUGAUGUCUGUGUAGGUGCGUCUGUGUGUGUGAUUGGUAUCCAGGGAACAACUGGGUCGGGGGGCCGGUUGUUCUCUGGACAACCGUCCCCCUCGGUUCCAACUGUUCUCCAGAGGGAGAGGGGCGGGGCACACACACACACACACACACACACACACACACACACACACACACACACACACACACACAUGCAUACAGGGUAUAUGCGCUAAACGGA